AAUUAAAAGCAUGGCGGCAAGCCUCUUCAAAGGCAAUCUUUCUCUUGUCACGCGAUCUUUCUUUUUCACGCAAUCGUUCUCUUGUCACGUAAAAAUCAGAAUGCGAGCUAUUCAAGAGGGUGUUCGUAAGUACGUCAAUUAUUACAAACCGCGUUGGAACAAACCUUCCACGAACCUCCAGUCCGAACUCGAACCAAGAUAUAUAAAUUUCAUCGGAAUUUGCAUUAACCCUAACCCGCGCAGAGAACGUACAUUGCUGAGGAAACAAGAACAACUUCAGCGGCAUUUAACAGGAACAAAGCCUUGCUGGGCAUCAGGUGACGCCGCGCCCUUAAUACGUCCACGUCAAAUGCCAUAGUCAAUUGAAUCAGCGGAGUCAAAAAUUCAUCAUCCGUCGCUCUGAUGGCAGGCAGGUUCCCAAUCAAUAAAGACUUGGAGAACUUCUCAAGACUCUUGCGUCUUCUCAUUGAUGGAGGAACAGAAGCGUUUCGAAUCGUGUUCAGCCGGCUCCACCCUUCCCUUAGCGCUUCCUUGAGUCUCCACCAAAUAACACUGUAUGGCUUAUGGAGACCUCCAAGAGGCAAAAAGAAGAUACUCACUGACAAGCAGUGGUAUAAACUAUACCCACCCACUGGAUCACCAAAUAUUCAAGACUUUGACAUCACUCUUCUUUUUGUCCUCUUGAGGAACAUUUGUCCAUCCUUGAAGCCUCCGCCUAAAGGAUGGGAUAUAUUGCCAUCAAUUGCGGAUAACUCUCUUGAAGCCAACCUUGUUAGAAUCAGGUGCUUGAGGAAUGAGCUAUAUGGGCAUAUCAAAGCUGCAGCUUUAAAAGAUGUCGAGUUUGAAGACUACUGGAAAAGGAUAUCUCUCCCUCUCAUCGCUCUGGGCAUCAGUGCAGAUGAAAUAGACGAUCUUAAGACACGCCCAUCAGAAGAGGUGAUCAGACCCAUCCACGAAGUCCGCCAAAAGCUCGAUGAUGUGACGAACAAAGACCUUGAUGAGGCUGAAAGGGUCGAGUUCGCAAAACAGGAGAAAGUCCCAGUGGAGAUCUUGGUGAAAGGGCCUGAGGCGGAGCGUGCGUACCGAAAGGCGUUGCUAGAAGGCAAGGUCCAGGUGUAUCGCGGGCGCAUCAUGCUGAUUGGUCAAGAUCGCGCGGGAAAGACGAGUCUGAAAAAAUCUCUGCUUGGACUCCGUUUUGACCCUCAAGAAGAGAGCACCGAGGGAAUCGAGGUAGACCCAUCUAGAUUUGAGGUGGAUGUCGAACAAGUUCGCCCCUGGCAAAAGUCCGACGAGACUGAGUCUGUGAGUCAGUCGGAUGAUGCCAUUGCUCUAAUGGUAUAUGAAAAUUUGCGUGCCCGAAAGAAAGAUGAGCAGCCAAUACGUGUUGGCGAAGAUCGUUUGUCAAGCAUGCAGAAGGAAAAGGUGUUAGAGGCUUUGAAGGAUUCUAUGAGUAAAUUAUGGCUUGAGGAAAACCUGGUUCAAGAGCCGCCAACGUCAGUAAAACAAGAAGAUCUGGAUGAGUCUGAAACCACUGUGGGCAUACCGGUACCCGAUUGCCGAUGGCAACUACCAGAGAGGAUUGAAAAGAAAAUUAUUGAUCUACUACGCAAGGGGGACAACAGUCUAUCAGAAAAACGCAAGGAGAUAGUCCUGGACGCGUGGGACUUUGCAGGACAACACUUGUACUACGCCACACAUCCGGUGUUUUUCUCUUCCAGGGCAGUCUACGUCCUCACGCACAAUUUGAGCAAAGACCUGCGUAAGAAGGCGGAGCCUUGCGUACGACAGGGCGUGGUUAAAAAAAAGCUUGACAACGCAAACAAUGAGACGAACCUGGAGAACCUGAUCUCGUGGCUAGUCACAGUCCACUGCGUCCAGAACCUGGAGGAGCGAGAUAAGGAUUGCAAACGUUUCCCAGAAAAGACAGACACAACCCUCACUUCUACGACAAAGCACUUACGCCCUCCUGUACUCAUAGUGGGUACACACGCUGACAAACCCAGCAUUCCAGUUGAGCAGGCGCACGCAAUCCUGGCCGAGACAAUUUGUGGUAAGAGAUACGACGAGCACGUGAUUCGACCGUUCUUUGCUGUAGACAAUAGCAAGUCGUCAGAUGAAAAGGGAAUACAAGAUCUAAGAACCAAGAUCGAAAGUGUGCUGAAGUCAGAGCCGUACAUGGGAGAGACGCUACCCGCCAAAUGGUUCAAUUUCGAGAAGGCCAUAGCGCAGCAGAUAGAGCGCAAUGUCUACUUCCUUCAGCUAAGCGAGGUACGGCGUAUCGCCCAAUAUGAGUGCUUCAUCGCAGACGAUGUAGAGUUUAACACCAUGCUCAACUUCUUCCACGAUCUGCGGGUGAUCGUCAAGCACGCGGGCACGGUAGUGCUGCAAAGUCAGUGGCUCAUCAAUUUGUUCAAGAAGCUGAUCACAAUACGCACCUUUAAUGAAAUGGAUCCUUCCCGCGCAAAGCACUGGAAGACCCUAGAGGAGACGGGAGUCCUUCACCAAUCUUUAAUAGUUGACGUGUUUGGCGAGUUUGUCCCUGGUAACAGCCAGACCCAACAAGAUCUUCUAUCCAUGAUGGAGCGUUACGGUCUGGUCGCCAGGUUUAACGCACCAGAUGAAAACGGCAAGGAAUCACUGCAGUAUUUAGUCCCAGCCCAACUCACCUCCUCGCCAGAGUUUAAAGUUUUUCCCAAAGAUGGCGACCCCUGUGCUCUGCUCAUUCACUUCCCGGACGGCUUUGUCCCCCAUGGCUUGUUUCCGCAGCUUGAAUCUCGACUCGUUAAGCAUUUUGGCUUCAGAAGCCCAUCACGUCUGUUUCGAAAUGGUGCACGUUUUGUCAUCGGUACGAAAAACCAAAACGACUUGUUUCUCCUUUGUGGUAAACGCUACAUCAAAGUCAUUCUAACCCUUACCACGUGCACUGGUGACGUGUGCGAACAAGGACUCGCUGUUCGAGUGCGCAUGCUUCUUGAAGAAUCUCUUGAUGAACUGUCACGUGACUGGGACUGGCUAGGACACAUGCGCUAUGAGUUUUGCGUAGAAUGCAGUGUAUGUGCAUCUGAGAACUGCCAGGAACACGGUAGGACUGGCUGCGGGGAUCAGGACUGUGUUCACGUGUUGAAGUGCGUCCAUGGUGGUGAGACGCCAUACCGAUGUGAUCGAGUGUUUGGAGACGGGUUCUACCUCCCUGGUCUGACGCGAUGGUUCAAUAAUGAAGUAGAAACUCAGGACUAUGGCAUUGAAUGUUGUGGGAUAAUGAUCGAUGGUGAAAGCGACAUGGAAGUGUUGAAAGACGUGGUUGAACAGCACAAGCAAGAAAUCAUCAAUGAAUGUUCGAGUCCCCAGGCAGGUCAAACAAGAGAUGAUGUAUCUCGUACCAUCCAGGAGUGUAUCACAAACUGGCAAAGAGGUGGCGGGCGCAAGCUGUUCCAAGAACUUACAGUCCUCCAAGAUGAGAAGACUUUACUAUCUUGGCUUGACUGUGACGAGAAUGGGAACAAUAGGAGCAGAUACAUUGCGAAUCUACUGUUGAAAGGCAAACACAUCCUUCAGUCGCCGCUUGCUAGUCUGGAACUCGUUGGAAUAGAGGAUAUUGCUUGCAUUCUAACAACCAGCCAUAAACCGGAAGCCUGGAAAUCAGUCGCUCGAUGUCUUACAAAGGAGACGUUGAUCGAAAGCUGUGUUCAUGAUUACCGCGAUACCUUGGAGCAGUGUACUCAGGUUUUACUUGCGUGGACACGCAAAGAGGGACGAGGAGCAACCCUGCGUCGAGUAUUCAAUGCUCUGAGACGGUGCCAAGAAAGGCAGAAGAUGCCAGAAGUUGCCUACUCUCAUAUCUAUGAAAAACUCGCAAGGUUUGUGACCGGAGAAGCCAAAAAAAGCGUAGUAGAACCCCAAUAACUCGAUCUCGAAUAUCUCAAAUUCGUGAGACUUAACGGGGUUAAAUUGUAUAAGACGAUAAUUCAUCAAAAUCAUGUAAAAGUACUUGAAAAGUACUGUGUAUACUUGAAUUUUCGGAAAUUUGUGAAGUUUCAUUUUUUGAUAGUUCGUUUUCCGUAUAGCUAUCUGAUCAAUGGAGAGAGGGGACUGGGGACAGUUGUCUAGGUAGGAUAGCUGGCUCCACAUUCAAUAAAUAGCGAACCAAUCAAACAAGAACUGAUCCUUACAGGUCCUUGCUCUCAAACCUCUCAUAAUCAUUGUGUAGGUCCAGAUAAUAUCCAAACCCCCCCCCCUCCCCCUAUUGCGGGGGGCGGAGGUAUGAACCCCCAUCUCUCUGGAAUUUCCAGCCCCUUGGAAAAAAAUAAUACAGUAACUGUUAAAUGGACUGGAAAUUCCUGGGCGUUUGAACCACCCACCCCCCACCCCUCGGAAUUUCGAAUCCCCUCAAUGGGGAGGGGGUAUGGAGGUAGGUUUCUGGAACUACACAUUCUGUGGAUCUUUUAAGAUAUAAAAAGGAACGUUAUAUUCAUCCGGGACUUGUGUCUAUUGAGCUGAUCAAUCGGACGUUGAAGUCGUAGGUAGGCCGCCUAUUGGGAUUUAUGAAUAUUACUAAUUCUAUCAUUUUUAUUAAAAUGUAGUAAGUGGAA